AUGGCGGGGCCCCGCGGCGCCGACGCCCCUCGCCUGAGCGGAGGAAGCGCCCAGGCAGCCGCCGGCAGGGAGCGGGGCAGGGCCGGGCGGGGCGGGGACGCCGGGCGGGGCGGGGCGCCUCAGGCGCGGGCGGCCCGCGGGGGCCUGGCCAUCACUGCCCUGCGCGCCGCGAGCAGGCGCGAGCGCUCCGCGUGCCCGGGGUCCUCGGGGUCGCCGCCGCAGCCGCCUGGGCGGCCGGUGAUGCUGCCGCCGCUGCUGCCGCCGCCGCCGCCGCCCUGUGCAUUGUGGGAGCGGGAGGAGGCUGCGCUCCGGCGCUACCCCCGCGGUUGCCCCCGGCGCUCGCCAGCGCACGCGGCCUCCCCUCGGCGGUUGGCCCGGAGCAUCCUCCACCUGACCGCGUGCGCGGCCGCCGCCGAGGCCCCGAAGCCCGCCCCCGACCUCUCUUCCGCGGCACAACUGCCCCGGGGGCGCGUCACACCCCGGACGCCCCUCUCUCCUAAGCGAGCCCUGAACUGCGCAGUACAGCCCAGCCACCGAGAGGCGCGGUGAUAGCUGGUGGCACUGCGCGUGUCCAGAAGAGGAGAUUAGAGCACAAACAUCUGCAGAGAGAAGAUCAUGUGAAGACACAGGAGACACACAGCAGCAGGACAAGGAGAGCGGUCUCAGAAGAAACCACACUUGCCAAUACUUUGAUCUCGGGCUUCAAACAUCCAGAACUGUGAAAAAAUAAAUAUCUGUUGUUGA